AUGGAUAAAUUACCGACUGUGGUGGUACUCCAAGUACUGCAAUUUCUAGACCACUCGGCGCUACAUGUAGCCGAAGAGACGUCGCAUACAUUAUUGGAGCUUACACGUAAACACGAGCUCUGGAAAGACCUCGCAAUUGUUCAAGUGACGUAUAGUAAUACGUUGAACUGCAUAAAUCUGUGGAAGAAGAUGGCGUGUCUAGCACAAGGCACUGCAGUGGAGGACAAGCAGCUACUGGGAGAUGUUGAAGCCUUUUCGUCUGCUGACCGACCGAACGAAUCGCCUGUAAAUACACUCAUGCCCUCACGCUGUUGGUUAGAGCUACAGAAGCUACAGACAAUGGAGACGGAAGAGAUGGAGCUGACGACAAUGGGCGAGCGGAUGCAGCAUCGCUGUGGCUGCUCGUCAGGUCAAUCGUGUUACUGGAGUAGCUCUGCAUCAACGGAUCAGAAUGCAAUGGAAUUUAUUGAUUAUGCAUUGAAUGGAUCGUGCAUGGUGAACGCGGUGCAGAUUGUCCCUUAUCGAGUCUUUUGGCAUCCUGAUAGCCCCACAUAUGCACCUCAAAAAGUUCGGUUCGAGUUCUUUGAUGUUGACGACGUGACGACGUUGCAAAAAGGACCAACAGGAAUGCAAAACCAAUUUGUAGGGAUAUCCCGUGCAUCCGCUAUCAAGCCAUUCUACUCUUCUCAUGACUACGACGUCAAGAAUGACAUGAUACUGCAGGAAUUUGUGCUUCCUCGAAAAGUGGCAGCAAGCAAGAAGACAGUGUUACGGAUGACACUGAUUGGACGACACCAAGCACAGACGUUUGAGCUUCCUCAGGCUCUUCUCGACGAAGACGAGGAUCGACGACCUAAGUAUUAUUGCUGUCUCAGCCAUGUCAACAUAUGCGGCGUACCAUGGAAACCUGUACAGUCUAAAAGUGAGUCUACCGUAGCAGCUACGCCGUCGUACAAGCUGAGUUCAAACUUGCGCAUGGCUGCAUUGACUGGUUUGGCAGUAUACAUGACUGCCUCUUACAAAGGCAUUAUCGGCCGUACUCGACGAUGGGAAUGA